AUGGCAUUUACUUUUUGGUCAAGUUCACAUUUCAAAACGUGGAUAAUCGAUCCCUCAUGUGAUUACACAAUUCAUAGACUUCAUGAUGUUAGAUUACUUGGUGAAGAGAAUUAUGAAAAAGUUAUGAUAUUUUUUUCAAAUUUUAUUCAAACAUUAGGAAUGGAUGUAUUGCAGUCAGUAGGUAAAAUUAGGAUGCAAGUUAUCGCAACAGCAAUUGUUUAUUUGAGAAGAUUUUACUCUAAAAGAAGUUUUAGAGAUAUUGAUCCAUUUCUCCUUGCUCCAACAUGCCUUUAUUUAGCUUGUAAAUCAGAAGAACAUGGUAUUUUACAUUCCAGUAAACUUGUUCUUAGUGCAAAUAAUGCUUUAAGAAAAUGGCCUUUUUUAAAUAAAGACAUCAUUAUUAAUAUGAAUUUAAUUCAAGAGGCUGAAUUUUAUUUAUUAGAAAUUAUGGAUUGCUCAUUAAUUGUUUUCCAUCCAUAUAGAUCUCUUGUUCCAAUCAUUGAAGAUGCUAAAGAAUUUUUCAAAGAGCAAAAAGAUAAUUGUCCUUUCAAAGAUGAUAAAGAAUGGGAUGGUUUGGUUGCUGAAACAACUAAAAUAAUUAAUGAUAGUUAUAGAUGUGAUGUUCCAUUGAAAUAUGCUCCACAUCAAAUAGCAUUAGGAUGUAUGUUACUGGCAUUGAUUAAUUUAAAGAAAGAGACAUCAUUUGAAGAUUAUUAUGAUGCAGUUGAUACAGAUAAAGAAGUUAUUGGUGAUGUUGUUAAUGAACUUUGCGGUAUGUAUGAAAUAUGGAAAAACUUCAAUGAGAAAGAGGAGUUAAAAAAGAUCUUUGAAAAAAUUCCAAGACCAAACUCUAGCAGACAACAGUAUCAAUCAGAAAUACAUGAGUCUAACUCAAAGAAUCAAUUUACAUUUUAA